GGCAAACUUGCGUGUGGUGGUGACCUAGGAAUAGGCCGGCCCAUACGGUGCAUUUGAAAGCACCUCCAACCAACCCAACAGCAAGCAAGCAAGCAACAAGGAAGACAAUGCAAAUGAAGUGCACUGCAGUGCUGGCUGCCCUCCUGCUUGUGGGCUGUGUGGGACACAUGGCCGUGGGUAUGCAGCUACUGGUGGAUCCAAAGAACCCUCUGCGCGCUACAGGCAACGGCACCGCCUUUGACAUCAGCUCCGUCCUCAAGUACCCUGCGUUGACGACGGGGCCUGGUUUCAACCCGCCCAUCUACAAGUACCACUUUGACCCCCACGGCCUUGACUGUGACAACCAGGGCAAAGCAGUGGUGUGCCAAGAUGCCGAUUUCCCUCGCAACUGCGGCCACCCAGAUUCUGCCAUCUGGAUGCUGCACCAGAUGUCGCCUCUUAAGCUCACCAUCCUCUAUGUGAACGGCUUCAACUGGCGCGCCACGAACAUGACGUUUGUGGAAGACCCCAAGCAAACCAAGACGCAGUUCAACUUUGUGUCUGAAAGCCCAUACCUGCAGUACAACUUUGUUGUCAGCGGAUCGGAUGUGGGCAAGAUCAUGCACCACCUCGAUGACGCUCAUCUCCGUCACAACGCCACAAACGUCUAUUGAAGGCAACUCUCGCCCACCGUGGCUGUGACGCGUUGGUGAUGUCGGAAUGACACGUUACACGCGUGCGUGUGCACCGCUCACAGCACUCCUCCUGUUGCCCCUCCUUGCUUUACCACACGUUGAAAUGUGACAUGCGCGCUCUGCGCGUGCUCACCUGCAGUUCUUCCCCGCGCCCCUCGCAGGCCAACGUUACGCUGCCUGCCUGCUUGCUUACUUGGCGCCUUUCCCCUUCUUGUUAUCUUCCCUCAUCCCUUCCCGAUUAUCUGCUUCAUCCGCUCCCCCCUCUUUCUCGCCUCUUUGUUUGCUUCCACAUCCCCCCCCCCCCCGACGACCACCACACUAAACGCACUGACUGGCCUGACGUGAUGUGACGUGCGCUGGGCGAAGGAAGAAACGAAUGCAUAUUGCC